UAGACCAGUUAUUUGUCUGACACCUGAACAACACCUGUAUAACCAGUUUGGCUGCUGCAUCUUGCUCCCAACUGCGUGCAGUACGGGGCGCUGUGUGUGUCCUCCAGGCAUGCUGUGUCCUGCUAAGCUACCGGGGGUUUCCCAGCACACAUCAAUAAACAGCAUGGCCUGCUGGGACACACCUCUGUUGAGUCAUGGGUGUGUUGUGAAAAGAGCUGCUGUGUGAUCACAACUAACACACUGGUUACAAAACGUGGCUGUACUUAGAGGUGAUGGGCUGUUCUCCAAGGAUCUCUGACUGCUCCACGAACAUUUAAACCUCACCCCGACCCUGUGAGGUGCGUUGCCAUUAACCCCGUCUGCAAAUGGGGGAACCAAGGUCUAGAUAGACUCAGGUUGAAAUUCUCAGAAGUGGCCUCUGAUUUUGGGUCCCUCCAUUUUUGGGACACCCACCAUGGAACAGCUAGUCCCUGACUUCCAAAUGUGCCGGGACGCCCUGUCACCCACUGAUUUCCCCUAGAGCCUCUGAAAACCCGAGUGUCCCAAGCUCUAUGGGGCAGGAACUGUCUCUCUGUUUGUGCAGCCCAGUGGAUCCUGGUCUUGUAGGCGCGACACUAAUAGAAAUAACAAUAAGUCAGGCACCCAACAUUUAGUGUCCUGCAGAGAUUCCUGAACAGAGCUGGGAACAGAACCCAGGAAUCUUGACUCCAGUCCCCUGCUUUGCCCAUGCAUGGUGCGGACGCUUUCCUUUGGGAGGCAUGACCCAUAAGCGGGCCUAGUCGCACUGCAUUACACCCAUGCGCCGGCCUCUUGAGGUUCACAAUAAUAGAAUGUAGAGAUGGAAGAAGACCCGUAGGCCUGGUCACCCCAUUUUGCAGGUGGAUAAAUUGUAUGUUAAGCUGGUGGCGGCAGGCUCCUUCUAGAACUGGGGGUUCUAUCGUGUCUGACCACUCCCCCAGAUUUCAGAGAAGGGGUUCUGAUGAAUGGGUCCCCCCUCGCCCGCACACGACGCUCGUGGUCCCCAUGCCCUGGUUCUCUUUGCUUCCUUGCAGAUACCAAACUCUUGGAAAAGUCCAGCUUGCUGGUGCAUUUCACAGAGAAGCUACAGGCUGAGUCCUUUGCUCUCCAGGCCCCUAGGUCAGGGCGGGAAACCAAUGGCUCUGCGCUGGAACCGGGCUUGGGCUCCCCAGAAGCGCUGCAGACCCUGAAGAUAAAGUGCCAGGGGCAAAUUGCGGAGAUGAAAGGCGUCAGUGGGGAGUUGGCGUAUCGAAUUAUUGAACUGAGCAAAUUGCUCAAGGCCAAAGAGUGUAAACUGCAGGAGCAGAAAACAAGGCUGGCGUCCCUGAGCGGGCGGAUCUCUGAGCUGGAGGCAGAGCAUCAGCAGCUGAAGGGCCGGGCGGAGGAUCUGGGCAGCGGGAACUGGGCCAGGAAGGCGGAGUACGACGCGCUUCGCGAGCGUUACCGGCUCCGGGAUGGGGAGCUGCGGCGAGCGGCCGAGAAGGAGCAGGAGCUGAUUGAGAGCCUGGUGCGGAAGAAAGUGGAGGCUGCCGAGCACCAGAACAAGAAGAACGAGAGGGUGAAGCAAGCCCGGCUGUUCAGGGAGCUGAAGGAUGCGAUGAAGAGAACUGUCAGUAUUGAUGUGGAAUCGGACGAGCUGAAGCCGGCAGAGGUGAAAGUGCCUGUCCGAGAGCCGGAGGAACUGGAGGGUUGCGAGAAGCUGUGGAAAAGGCCCUUCAGAUCGGCCUCCGCCACGUCCAUGACUCUGGCCCAGUGCGUGGAUGUCUUCAAGGGGCUGCUGGAUUUCAGGCUGAAACGAGGGAACUCCAUCAGCAGCGGAUCCGAGGUGCGCUACCGCUCCAUGCCCAUCUGCCUCGUCACCUGCCUGCCGUCCCGAGUCAGCGACGUCCAGGAGGCGCACUUCUCCGAGGUGAACGCAGUCAAGUUCAAUCCCAGCUCCGGCGUGCUGGCCACAGGCGGGGCCGACAGUCUCAUCAGGCUCUGGAGCGUGGCCGGAGGGAAGCUGGAGAACCUGCAGACCUUGGAAGGGGCUAACGGCAGCAUCACCAGCAUCGAGUUUGACCCGUCGGGCUGCCAGAUCUUGGCGGCGGCGUACAACAAUGCAGCGCAGCUGUGGCAUAUCGGGGACUGCAAAUCCAAAGAGACGCUCACGGGCCAUGCUGACAAAGUGACGGCUGCCAAAUUCCGCUCCACCCGCCACCAAGCGGUGACGGGCAGUCGGGACAGGACAGUCAAAGAAUGGGACCUGUGCAAAGGGGCCUGCUGCAGGACCAUCAACGUCGUCUCCUACUGCAACGACGUGGUGUGCGGUGACAACGUCAUCGUGAGCGGCCACCACGACAAGAAGAUCCGCUUCUGGGACAGCAGGGGGCCCCGAUGCACGGAGGUGAUCCCGGUCGAGGGUAAGGUCACCUCCCUCCACAUCAGCCAGGACCAGAUGCACCUGCUGAGCUGCUCCAGGGACAACACGCUGAAGGUCAUCGACCUGAAGAUGAACAACGUCCGGCAGGUGUUCCGGGCCGACGGCUUCAAGUGUGGCUCGGACUGGACGAAGGCGAUCUUCAGUCCCGAUAAGAGUUACGCGCUGGUGGGCUCCUCGGACGGCUCCCUCUACCUCUGGAACAUGGAGAGCGGGAAGCUGGAAACGAUCCUGUCUGGGGAGCACAGGGCCUCGGUGAAUGCCGUGGCGUGGUGCUUCUCGGGCCAGUGUGUUGUGAGCGUGGACCAGGCGAAGAAGGUGGUGCUCUGGAAAUAGGGCUCAGCGUGAUGCCGGGCUGCGGAGGAGGAAUCCAGAGAGGACACCAGCCCCUCCUUUAUCUGAGCCCUGCCCGGCCCCUGCUGCUACUGUUCGGCUCCCAAGGACCGAAGCAGCCCAGGGCUGGAGAGUGGAAAAGGACCCGGAUGGGCAGAGGUCGGGUUAGAAGCUGCGUCUGCUGCUCUCCAAAGACCUCUGCCUCCUCUAGCAACGGCAGCCGGGGCACUUCGCAGGACGCUGACAUUUUGGAAAAGGAAGAUUAGAAAACCAAGGGCAAGCAGGAGCGGGAGGCUGCUGGGCCAGCGUCUGCAGGAACGGGCCCGUCGUGCCUGAAGGGCAGACAUACCCACCGGACUCCGGCUAUGGGACAUUCGGGAGGGGGAGGAGCAGUUUGUGCCUGGCAUUUAACCCUGAGGCAGGGGGUGACAAGCUCACUCUUGCGUCUGAGGGCCUGGACUCCAUGGAGCCGUCCACCCUCCCUUGCAAACCGAGGUCUGCGGGACCCGGGCUUGAGGAUCCAGCGUUUCCAAUGCGCUUGA